CGCAGGUGCAAAAGGAUUUUGGCCAAUCCUCUCCUCGCGCGCGUCGUGCUUCCAGUGGGUUGUGGAACCCUAGACCCCUUUCCCCAAUCCCACGGCCACCUCCAUCCUCCCGUGCUCCACCCCGAGCAUGCCUGGGCUCCGUCGCCUCCUCCAUCACCGUCCCUUCUCUUCUCACUCUUCCUCCUGCCGCAGCCGCCUCCUCUUCUCCCUCUCUCCCUCCUCCUCGGCCCACGCGGUCCCUCUUGUGCCGCUCGUCCUCCACCUCAUAUCCGGCAUCCUCGCUGCCGCCAUAGAUCAAGGAGGACGGCGCGAUGACGACCAUGAUGCAUCGGACAUCCCAGGUCGACAACGCCAUGGAAGCCAUGAGAGCUGGCCGAGGAAGAGGGGGCAGGACCGCAUGCCAUGAUGGGCACGGCGGCUGUGGGCGGAAGCAGCAUGGGUUGAAGGAGCGGCGAUGUGGGUGGGGUCGGAGGUUGGGGGAGACUCGUCGGCUGGGCAACAGCGAGCGUCGGUGAGCGCAACGCAUGAGUUUCCAGAAGCGUCGUCUCCUACAAGGCAGGCAAGGACGACGUCGUCGCUUUCGCAGGUUCUAUGAUCUGUUCCAUCUCUGUUCUCCUCGUCAAGGGGAGGGGAGGCGGCCAAUGACAGGGAGAAGGAGCAGGCCGUCGAGGAGUCCAAGCAGAAGCUUUCCGGUGACUGGAAGUCUGAAAAUCAAGACAGGGCAUAUUGUUUUGGUUAUGAGUGGUUGGAGAUAUUGUGGCUUGAUGUCCCUAGAGCAGUCGGACCCUUCCAAGAUAUGUGCUAAAAUCCUAGGUGUCAAGGGCAUUGUGGUGGUGCGAUCCAUGUCUCCUGCGAGCGCUCGGCAUCAUAGCCCCAAAGAGCAGGGCUUCAAGGCUGGACAACAAGCUUCACUUGAUGAAAGCAUUUCAGUAGUGCUGAGAUUAAUGCACAAGUUAGUCUUGAUACUAAGGUGGUUAUGGGAUUGCUUGAUCUAUGCUAGGAUGUGUGCAGAUCGAACGAAGAAGAGAAGAGGAAGGAUCUUGAGGAAGAGGGAAAAACAAGGCAAUGGGACUGUUGACCGGGUACAAGAGCUUCUUCAGAAAACCCAUGCUGCUUUUCUAAAUCGCAAUUUUGUUCAAGGUAAAACCAGCCAAGCCGGAGACUAUUACAACCCUUUUUGCAAUAUAUAGUUGAGAGAAUUCGACCCUGCUACUAUAGCUGGAGACUGUUACUAUUGUCAAUUAUAAAAAUUAUAUUCUUCUAUGAUUUAGUGAAGUCGGGAGGAAAGUGUUGUGCAAAGGCAGAAGCUUUUGUAGUCGUGGUGUUCUUAAUAAUGGCACUGAAGGCCGAAAAACAUAUAUUUGGACAGGUUUUAUCUGUGUAAAAAGACACAAAAGAAGAGCUUUUGCAUGAUAUUAAAAACAAUGUUGGUUUGGUUCUAGAAAAACAAAGCAGUUUUCUGAACCCUGCUACUGUCACUAUGGUUGCUAUUUUCAUUUUUGUUGCAGAACAGUUCUCUCAUGGUGUUUCUAUUAGCCGCGAGGAACGUUGAGCUAGCUUUUGUCUUGAAUCUCUUAGGUGUUAUGUAGAGGUUGGACUUGCCAGUGAGCUAAAUGGCCCGUUGGAACUGCUUGUUUGUCCUUUUAAAAUGGUUUGGUGGUGCAGAUAAGUUUGGCCACAACCCAUUGGAUUUAGAUUUUAGGUGCCGUGUGAAACAAUUUCUUAGGCAGGUUAUUUUUUUCUUAAGCAAGGGAUAUAGGUAGCAUGGGGAACGAUUUCUUGAGUAGGUUUAUUUGUUUGUUAUUAUAUUUGGGUACUUAUUUCCUGAUGUUUUUUUAGGUUCUAUGUAUAACAUGUUAAAGUUGCUGGUAUGAUUUUGGAGGCAACACUGAUAUUUUUCUGCCGACUUUGUGGAUAGGCUAACAAUGAAAAUUUUAUCUGUAAAAUAUGGUUAUCCCUAUAGUGGUAUUUCUGAAGCUUCAAUGUGCUUGCUUUCCCCCCAACAAGCAGUAAUCCAAUCACGGGUGCAUCAGGUACUAUAUCAUGUGAGAAAAUCGAACUGCUCAUUCAUAAGACAAGAUUUCCGCUCACAUUUAUCAUGCUUCGACACUCACAAAAUAAAUACUUGGGCAAUUGCUCUGUUUUAUAUUGCGAGCCUUAAUUUGUGGUGGUAGUAGCAUUGUUUGCGUUUAUUUGAAAACCAGCACUAAAUAACCAUUAUGCCUUACAGUGGCUCUUUUUUAUAUUGUACUCGCUGUUAAUAUGGUAUCUUCUAAACUAUGUUACAGAAUUUUCAGUUGUGUUUAUACUACAUUCUCUUAUAAAUUUACAUUACAGUAUCUUCUAGCAAAUAUACUGAAUCACUAUUAUGCCUUGUAUGCAUGUUUUGGUAAAAAAAAUGAGUUGAAGUCUUUAACAAUCCUUUUUGAUUUGACAACCAUACUGUGGACGUGGUACUGAAAAUUUGAAUAUCUUGUUAUUAUUUAGAUAUAGGUGGUAAAAGAAGGGAUUUUCUUGUGUUGCUCUAGCAGAAUACUGUACUAUCGGGUGUACAGUUGUGGUGAAAAAUCUUCAGGUUUUGUUUCUGUAGCCCAAAAAAAUCCAUCAUGUGUUCCUUUUUUUGUUUGUGUAUGUCUCUCUAAGUUACCUUGCAAGUGUCGUGAUGUUGUAUACAUAUUUCUGUAUCCAUAUGAAUGUCGGACCCUGCGUGAUUGAUCUUAUUUUGUUCCUAUGUGAGAACUAGCUCUCCUUUAGUAGUGUAGUACUUUUAUACUAAACUGAGUUAGGAAUGGUUUGAUUGCGCUCUAUAGGAUCAUGUGAUUUCUUUUCAUAGAAUGUUGUCAUCUAUAUCUUGCUGAAUGUACAGAACUAUUGGUCAUUUAAUUCUCUCACGCAUCAAUUUCCCUUCCCUUCCGUGCUCUCUUUCCUCUGAACUAUCUCUCUUUUCAGACCCUCUCUCUGUUACACAUUUGCAUGAAAAAGCAAAAGUAAAAGGGAAAACUUACUUUGGGUUCAUAUGGUGCAGACCAACAACAAAACGAUAGUUAAUGAAAGGUUUAAGUGCACGUAUACUCAAAACAAGGUCUUUUAUCUAAUUGGUUGGAUAACUUCUUUUCAGGUCUAUGUGGACUUCCACAAUAACACUAUCUCCAACUUUCGCAUUUCCCCAGCUCUGCAUACAAGUUCCAAACUAGGUAUGCCAAUCUUGUUAUCACUUGUUCAGUCGCGUUCUGGUUUAUGCCUUUUCACCUGCAUGUAGUGAGGCAGUGUGUGGAAUUUAGGUGCUGGUUUGAACAAUUUACAAUGAUGUAGUCCUGCAGAUCAGUACAGGUCACCGGCUUUAUAUUGUGGUCAGCGUGUUGUAAGUACUUUGGGAAACAAGUUCUGGGGUAAGUUUAUCUACUUGCUCAUGCAUUUUAAUACUUGAUUGAUGUCCUGAUAAUUUGUGAAGUUCUUUGUACCAUGUGAUAAGCUGCACAUCAGGUUGCAUGGCAGCUUGUUUGUUGCUUUUAGGAUGUGCAUGUACCCAGGUGGAUCAAAUACAGAUACCAAUCAUAUAUUAUUAUUUUUACUCGUGUGUUUUUCUUGUGCCUGCCAAACAUUUCAAAAAUUGAUUAUAUCAUUCAGAUGUAUUCAGGCUGGGUUUCUGUGAUCCAAAAAAAUCAUCUGGCAUGGAUUUCUUUUUACAUACAAAACUAAGUGUGGAGCAGUGUAUAUGUUCAUUGCUUUCUUAUCACAUUGCAUUUGUCGGAGGUGUUGUACUGAUAUGAAGGAAAUGCUUUUAUAUUUCCAAGUUGAUCAACUACACAUCUUCUGAUCCUAAAGCCUUUCUUUAAAAGGGGCUGGUCAAUGCAGCUCCAUGUUGUGCUAUCUUGCUAUUGGGCUCUUUUUUCGUUACUUAAAAUGGUCAGAUAUCUCUGAUGUUAAAUUCGUGGUUGAUUGCUUAUAUCCAAAAUAACUAUGUUAGUACACUGAAGCCAAUUUCUACAUUGUUAGUGAAGUUGGCUAAAUAGUUUUUGCGCCACUAAGAUAUAUAUGUGCACUGCAUUCUAACCCUGUAAAUUGUUGUGCUAUUAAUUUAAUCCGAAAUAUAAUUAUGUUAGUACACUGAAGCCAAUUUCUACAUUGUUAGUGAAGUUGGCUAAAUAGUUUUUGCGCCACUAAGAUAUAUAUGUGCACUGCAUUCUAACCCUGUAAAUUGUUGUGCUAUUAAUUUAAUCCGAAAUAUAAUUAUGUUAGUACACUGAAGCCAAUUUCUACAUUGUUAGUGAAGUUGGCUAAAUAGUUUUUGCGCCACUAAGAUAUAUAUGUGCACUGCAUUCUAACCCUGUAAAUUGUUGUGCUAUUAAUUUAAUCCGAAAUAUAAUUAUGUUAGUACACUGAAGCCAAUUUCUACAUUGUUAGUGAAGUUGGCUAAAUAGUUUUUGCGCCACUAAGAUAUAUAUGUGCACUGCAUUCUAACCCUGUAAAUUGUUGUGCUAUUAAUUUAAUCCGAAAUAUAAUUAUGUUAGUACACUCUGCAAUAUAAUUAUGUUAUAUUCUGCUUUUGUCAGUUUGCUGGUCCAUAUUAAUUUCCUCGAGCUUAUUUUCACAUCUCGUCAUAUUUACACCUCUCCGCCGACUGCCACCUACCAUGGAGGGAGAUGGCUUGGCCAGGCCGUCAACACCCAUCGGCAACUUCCGGCAGGCGUCGUUCCGUUCUUCCUCCCCUUACUCUGAUGCCUUCAUGACCAAAAUCAUUAUCAGGAGCAAGAAGGUUAAGCACCAAUUAUGGUUAAAGCUUUGUCUCUUUUGUGUACUAUGCGUUUGCUGGUCAGCUUACAAAUUCAAGUAAUACGACUAUUGCAAUGCAUCUUACUACGUGUGUAUUUAUUUGCAUUGAUAUUUUCUCCUCCUUAGGCUCCAAAUCGUUUGUGGGUCAUAAAUUAUUGUGCAUUAUUGAUGAUUAAUUUGCAAUUCAAAUGACAACAGGGCUGGGUUUUAUAAGUGCAAUGGCUUGAAAUGUGACCUUCCAGUCAAGAAAUUUCCUCAGUGAGAAGCUUAUGUGAAGAAUGAUGUAAUUAAGUUAGCAAUUUAUAGUUCUCUUUGAUAAUUGUAACUGAAUUGUCAAUGGCCAGUUCUCUCGAAUAAUGAGUUACUCCCUCAAUUUUACAAUAGAGAUAAUUUGUCAAAAUUUUGUUUU